UUAGGAUCACACAGUCUCAGCAGCAUUUUAUUAGAUACAACUGGACAAGCACUCACAGGGUUGUAGGCUGCUAAAGCUGCUGCACAGAGGAACCAGUAUUUUCAUUUUGGUGUACUGUCGUUUUUGGGUAGCACAAGGAACUUUUUAUUCAAGCAAAAUGUCUGACAGGAGCCCCUUUGAGACUGACAUGCUCACCCUUACCCGGUAUGUCAUGGAAAAGGGACGACAGGCCAAGGGUACAGGGGAGCUGACACAACUGCUAAACUCCAUGCUGACUGCAAUAAAGGCCAUUUCAUCUGCUGUGAGGAAGGCUGGAUUGGCUCACAUGUUUGGCAUUUCGGGAAGUGUCAAUGUGACUGGGGAUGAGGUGAAGAAACUGGAUGUGCUAUCCAAUGAUCUUGUGAUUAAUAUGCUGAUAUCCUCAUAUUCAACUUGUGCUAUGGUUUCGGAAGAAAACAAGGAAGUUAUUAUAACUCCAAAAGAUAUGAGGGGGAAAUACAUUGUUUGCUUCGAUCCCCUUGAUGGUUCAUCCAACAUUGAUUGCUUAGCCUCAAUUGGCACAAUAUUUGCUAUUUAUCGAAAGACAACGGAAACAGAACCAUGCGAGCAAGAUGCCCUACAACCUGGACGUGACAUUGUAGCAGCAGGCUAUGCGCUAUAUGGAAGUGCAACACUUGUAGCACUGUCUACUGGUCAAGGAGUGGAUUGUUUCAUGUUGGAUCCUGCUCUAGGAGAAUUCAUUUUAGUUGAAAAAAACGUGAAAAUUAAAAAGAAGGGAAAGAUUUACAGUCUCAAUGAGGGAUAUGCCAAGCACUUUGAUCCGGCAAUAACAGAGUAUUUACAAAACAAGAAGUUCCCUGCGGAUGGAAGCUCUCCAUAUAGCUCCAGAUAUGUUGGCUCCAUGGUUGCAGAUGUUCACAGGACUUUAGUGUAUGGUGGGAUCUUCAUGUACCCAGCCAAUGAAAAGAGCCCAAAAGGAAAGCUCCGCCUUCUUUACGAGUGUAAUCCAAUGGCCUUUAUCAUUGAGCAGGCAGGGGGAAUGGCAACAACUGGAACCCAGCCAGUGCUGGAUGUACAGCCUGAGACAAUUCAUCAGAGGGUACCGCUAGUUCUUGGCUCUCCAGAUGAUGUACAAGAGUACUUGGCCUGUGUGAAGAAACACCAGAAGAGCAGCUAAUUGCUGAGUGUACAACUGUAGUGUUUGUCUUUCCUGUACACUUCAUGCCGUGAAUAUGUGUUCUGGACUGCUUUCCUGGCAUAUUGCAUUUUCUCAGUAUCCUGUCUUGUUUUAUUAUCGGUAAAACACUGCAGAACAAACAGUCAGUACUGUCCUUUGCAUAGUUUUUCGGUUACUGGCAGUAAUGAAAAAUACAUACAGUAAGUGGGCUGCUCCUUCUGUCUGGUUCCAAUUGUCUGGUUGUUUUGCUAAUUGCUGUUUUUUGCUUUAGCUCCUCUUAAAAGAUCAUAUAAAUUAAUGAAGGGAUUAAAAUAAGAUAACCCUGAUUGAAGGAAAAUUCCAGUGAGCAGGAGCUUCCUGAAAACAGUAUAAUUUUUUUAAUUACUUUUGCAAAUUAGUUAGAUCAUCUGUUGUAAGGGCUAAGUCCACCUUUUACAAUAAAAAAAAGUUUUGCAUGAAAAA